AGCCUCAUGGAACGUUUUCUUCUUUCUCUUUCUCUCUCGACGAUCGCGUCACCAACAAAAUACCUCUCUCUCCUCAACAAAAACCAAACUUCAACUCCCAUUUUUCUCUUUUGGGUUCGUCCAACCCUACCCCAAAACCUUGCAUUCCCAAUACAACAAUAUCCAGAGCUCAAAUUUCAGUUUAUGGACAAACAAAUAGAGUUGAAAUUCUUAAGUUCCUUUACGGAACUGGGGUGCAGGUUCCUUUUCAGGAGAUAUACAGGAAGUAGCAUGUGAUCAUGGUGAUAUCAAUCACGGUGGCGAGCAUUCCUGUUCCUCUUAUGAUUGUUAAUGGGGUGGUUAUGUAGAAUUCCCUGGAAAUUUGUUGGUUCUCCAUGUUUUUUAUGGUGGGCAAACAUAAUUAUACAAGUUUAUCUGCUGACUUUAUGGUUUCUAGAGGGAUUUGGUGGUUAUGUCACCUUCAGAAUAUGUCAAUUAAGACACGGGUUGAUGACAUACGAGAAACUGUACACAAUUUUUAGGUUUGGCAAUUCAUUGAGCUAGAUAAAUUGUUAUCUUGAGAAUUGGUUGAAACGACAGGAUAGAGGAUUUAUCUGUUCGAAUUUGUGACUUGAAUGGGUAAUUUACAUUAGGAGAAGGAUAAGCACUGGUUAAAUGUGGAUAGACAUUGGAAUUCAAUCUCUAGUGCUGAAAGUGGUUAUGUUGAGCUAACUAUAUGAUCUUCCACCAUGAGUAAUGAGGAUCCAUGUAAUUCAGGCGAGCAAUAUAAAAAUACGGUGAGUGCUGGUUUAAGUGACAGAAUCUCUUCUGAUAACGAUGUAGACAACAUAUGUGCACAGACUGGUGAAGAAUUUUCAGCUGAUUUCUUACGUGACCGGGUUGCUUUAAGGAGAUUUCCUGUCAUAACAGAUGCAGACCAACACCUGCCAAACAGAUUGGAUUUUAAUAUCAACAACAACAAUAAUAAUUAUCAGCUUGUUUAUGAGGAUCUAAAGCACGUUCUUGGGCUAAGAAGAACAGAUUCUGAUAGCAAUUCUGAACUGUCAGAUAUUGCUUUAACUAGAGGGUAUGCUACUGAAGUGGACAACAGGGCUUAUCCUAAUAAUUUGAACACGUACCAAUGUGAACGUGGCGGUAUCAGACAAGUAUCAAGUACUUUUUCCAAACAACCCUCAGGUAAGUUUUAUGAGGGAAAUUGUUAUGAUCAAGUUAAUUCAGGACCAAAUGCUCCAUCUAUCUAUGUCAUGGAGUCUCCUCUUUCAUGCCAUCCCCAUGGAUCAUUAUUCUCUGAAGGCUCUUUCUAUAAGAAGAUAAAGUUUCUGUGUAGUUUUGGAGGUAGAAUACUGCCAAGGCCAAAUGAUGGGAAGCUCAGAUAUGUGGGUGGAGAAACACGGAUUAUAUCAAUCAGGAAGAACAUCACCUGGGAGGAACUUAUGAGGAAGACUUCUGCUAUUUGCAGUCAAACUCACAUGAUCAAAUAUCAGCUUCCUGGAGAGGAUCUUGAUGCUCUUAUAUCUGUUUGUUCUGAUGAGGAUCUUCAUCAUAUGAUUGAGGAGUAUGAAGAGCUUGAAAGAGCUGGAGGCUCUCAAAGACUGAGGAUUUUUCUCAUACCUUCAAACGAACCUGAGAGUCCAAGUUCCAGUGAAGCAAGAGUCAAUCAUCCAAGUGAUGCAGAUUAUCAUUAUGUUGUUGCUGUUAAUGGUAUGUUGGAUACAAGUUCGCAAAAGAACUCCAGUGGGCUGAGUUUGGCUAGCCUUACAAGCCAGUUUGGAAAUACAUCUGAUUACAACAGUCCACAUCACCGCAGGGACUCAUCCAUGUCUGCUUUUGCUUCAGAGAUGAAGGAUUGCAUCUCAAUCACUUCAAAUUUCACAGGCCUACUCUCAAAACCCAGUCCUCAAUUUUUAACAGCACUGAAUGUAGCAGGCAAGUCAUUUAACCAAACGCCACCUUUAUCUCCCAUUUGUGUACAGCCUAAAGAUCCUAAAAUUUCUAAUGCGCAGCUAGUUAUGGAUAAACCAUAUAAUGUUGUCAAUGAAAGCAGUAUUCCCUUUGUUACAGAAAACAUUCCACGUGACAACUCUUUGUAUGUAGACAAUACCAAUUAUGUUGAUCCAGUUGCAUACUAUAACAAUCCUGCUCAAGGGCCUCACAUGAAUUCCCAUCCUAAAAAUCAAUAUAUAGUGGAGUCUGACCAGGUCAGGAAGCCUAGUGAUAAUUUUCAUCUUCACAGACGGAAUAACAGUAAAGAGUUUAUCCCUUCUGCAUCAUAUAGUCUAACUGAUAUGAUUUUUGAGAGACCUUUAUGUACCAAUGAAGGUUCACAUCUUUUUAACAAGAUCGUCUCUCAUCCUCACGAGUCAUCCAGUUUAUUCUCAGGGUCUGAUAAUAUAGAGGAAUCUCAGUACAGAAUCUUGCAUGCAUGUUCUGACUCAACACUUCAGGAGAAUGAUGAGAACUAUAAAGUUCAGUUGCAAUUGCCCCUUAGUGUUGAGAGAGACAAAUUACCCUCGCCAAAAAAUUCAAGUUCUUUAGAAGAAAGUUCAAUACAUCCUGGAGAGAUAAAUGAUAAAAAACAAAACUUGGCUAAGUAUCAAAAUUUGCCCAUUUUUGGAAUAACUGAUAGUUUCAAGAGUGUGUCAGAUAUUAGUAAAGCGAGCUUGCAAUGUGCAGAUAAAAGCAAUGAUUUAUUUGGCGAAAAUGUUGGACCUAUGUCACAAGAAAGUGUCAUAGAUUUGAAACAUUUACAGUACAUCUACUCCCCACGUGGUGUUGGCUUAUCUUCACCAGAUUUACAAAGUAGCAAAUACAAUGUUUCUACCGCACUGAUUCUCUCUUUAGAAUCCUCAAGAAACCUGAGGGGGCAGUCACAUGGUUUACCAUUCGACCCCACUGCUUCUGAGUUUUCCAUGAGGAGCCAAAAUUCAUCAAUGCAAUAUCAAUAUGGUAUGUCGGAGACAGAAGACAAUCAACUGCUGCCCCCUGGCUCUUUUGAGUUACAACCUAUUGGGUCCCAAACUGACAUAGAGCUCAUAUGCACACAUAUGCAUGUUGCAAUUCAGUAUACAGACCAGGGUUCGUCUUCCCUAAGAGAGGCUGUUAUCCCUGUUGAAGAUCCUGCACGUGACCUGCACCAAAAGGAAGAUAACACAGUCAUUAAGAAACAGUCUUCUGGAUACAUGGAUGAAUUUUGUGUCAACAAGCCAGAAUCAGUAGCUGGUGUCAAGGGAGCAAUUGAUUAUAUUUCUUCAGGUAUCCAGUCAUGCUUAAAAGUUGUCUCAAAUGUAGAUGAAGAGGCUGAAAUUGAAUCUACAUCUUCUGAAAAGGAAGGGAUGGAAUGUGAUGAUACAGAAUCUGAAAGUAAGGAUGCAAAAGCUGAUAGUGGAAACUUCAAUAAGCUUACUGGUGAUACAGCAACUGAUGAACCAGAGUCUGGCAUUUAUGGUUUACAGAUUAUUGAGAAUGAUGAUCUUGAAGAACUGCAAGAGUUAGGAUCUGGAACUUUUGGAACUGUUUAUCAUGGAAAGUGGAGAGGAACAGAUGUUGCAAUUAAGAGAAUAAAAAGUAGUUGUUUCUCCGGUAGAUUGUCAGAGCAAGAGCGGUUGACUAAAGAUUUUUGGAGAGAGGCACAGAUUCUGUCAACUCUUCACCAUCCAAAUGUCGUGGCAUUUUACGGGGUAGUUCCAGAUGGCCCAGGUGGAACAUUAGCAACAGUAACAGAAUACAUGGUGCAUGGAUCACUGAGGAAUGUUCUCAUGAAGAAGGAGAAAGUGCUUGACCGUCGUAAAAGGCUCCAGAUUGCAAUGGAUGCAGCCUUUGGCAUGGAAUAUUUGCAUUUGAAAAAUAUUGUUCAUUUUGAUUUGAAGUGUGAUAAUUUACUUGUCAAUCUGGGUGAUCCUGAACGACCUGUAUGCAAGGUCGGAGAUUUUGGCCUAUCGAGAAUUAAACGCAACACACUUGUUUCUGGUGGUGUCAGAGGAACUCUUCCAUGGAUGGCACCUGAAUUACUAGAUGGUAACAGUUGUAGGGUAUCUGAGAAGGUUGAUAUUUUCUCAUUUGGCAUUGCAAUGUGGGAAAUCUUGACCGGGGAAGAACCCUAUGCUAACAUGCACUGUGGUGCUAUCAUAGGAGGCAUUGUGAAUAAUACGCUGAGGCCUCCUAUUCCAAAACGAUGUGAUUCUGAAUGGAAAAAGUUGAUGGAAGAGUGCUGGAGUCCUGAUCCUGCUGCCAGGCCAUCCUUCACAGAAGUUAAAAAUAGGCUUCGCAACAUGUCAUCCGCACUGCCAAAAAAGAGACAUAAUAUUGGGAAUCGAUGAGACAUACAUUUUUCUUGUAAAUAAUUGAAUACAAAUACCAAAGAUGGUAAAAAAAUGUUCAAAUUGGUUGGCAUUGUUUGUAUAGAAACCGUAGUGUAGAGGUAUAAGCUGGAAAUGAGUAAAAGCCAUUUAUUUAUAUGUUCGCCGGUCUACACUUCGUUAUAUUUUCCUUUGCUACUAGCCGGUAUGUACCAGUGAAAGGCUUAUCCUUAAAAA